AUGCAACCAUAAUCAAACAAGGAUGAUGAACACAGUUAAGUGGAAGAUCACAUUUUAAGGAAAUUCGAGCUACUUGAAAUCAAAGGAAAAGGAGCAUACGGAGUUGUUUGGAAGGCAGUUGAUCGUAAAACAAAAUAGGUUGUUGCAUUGAAGAAAGUAAUUUAAGUUGUAAUGUCUUAGAUUUUUGAUGCAUUUCACAAUCCGACUGAUUCACAGAGGACAUUUCGCGAAGUUAUUUUCUUAGAGCAAUUGACAAACCAUGAAAACAUCAUCAAAUUAAACUCUGUUAUAAAAGCAGAAAAUAGUAAGGAUCUGUAUAUGGUCUUUGAAUUUAUGGAAACAGACCUCCAUAAAGUAUUUAAACUUAAUAGUGACUAUAGGUGAUUAGAGCAAACAUUUUGGAGCCUAUCCAUAAAAAAUAUAUUAUAUACCAAAUACUCAAAGGUCUCAAAUAUCUACAUUCUGGUGAACUCAUACAUCGAGACUUGAAACCUUCCAACUUGUUAAUCAAUUCGGAAUGCAAGGUCAAAGUUGCUGACUUCGGUUUGGCAAGGAGUGUGGCUAAGCCUGAUGACAAUAGUAAGUGUUAAUACAAUAACAUUACUUAGGCCAUCCAAUACUUACUGAAUAUGUUGCUACUCGAUGGUAUAGAGCUCCAGAAAUUUUGCUGGGUUCCUAACAUUAUACUAAAGCUGUUGACAUGUGGAGUCUUGGUUGUAUCUUGGGGGAGAUGAUAAUAAACAAGGCUGUUUUCCCUGGAACUUCAACUAUGAACUAAAUAGAGAGAAUCAUUGAAUUGAUUGGAAAACCAAAACAGGAUGAAUUAGAUGCUCUUCAAGCUCCUCAAGCUAAAGAAGUAAUUUCAGAUAUAGCCAAUUAACAAAGGAAGAGCAUUAAAUAACUAUUUGCCUCAGCCGAAGAUGAGGCAAUUGACUUUAUCAGGUAAUAAGUGAAUUUAACAGUAGAAAAACACUGCUUUACAAUCCAUUUAAACGAAUGACAGUUGAAUAGGCACUGAAUCAUCCAUAUGUAAAAGAAUUCAAAGGAACGGAAGAUGAAAUUUCUAGAGGUACUCAUAUUGACAUUUGUAGAUAGUGCUAUUGAAACCUAAAUGGAUGAUAAUCAUAAAUAUUCAGUUAAAGAAUAUAGAGAUAACCUGUACGCUCAUAUUAAUCAAAAGAGGAAGAUGGAACAUAGAAUUAAUAUUCGUGAAUUUCAAAAUGUUCCAGUCAAUGUAAGUUCUGAGAAAUCUAAAUCUCCCACUAAGAAGAAGGAUUCCACCAUCAACAAAUACUAGGAUUCAGAUCCCUCUAAAACCGACAUUAGCGAUAACAAACAGCCUGAAUCCCAACAAAUUAAUAGACAUUUUCAUCAAAAAACCCCAUCCAAUCUCCAAUAAGGAAAAAAAACUACAUCCUCUCAAGAACACAUCCAUCAUAAUUAACCCUAAGUUUAAUUCAACUAUCAAAGUCCUAGCAUGAUGAUGCAGAAAAAACAAUCAUAAUCCAUCUUCCCAAAUGUUGAUAACGGUAGUCCCUUAAAAUAAAUCCCCAGGAAAUAGUCAAUGUAAAACAUUUAAAAUAGCGUCUCGACAGUUUUAUAAAAUACAACCUAAUCAAACUUAUAAAGUCAGAGUGCUUUGUAGGUCUCUCAACAUCAACUCUCAAGAAAAGGUUCUUAAGGAAACAUCUAGAAGACAUCCUCAACCAAAAUGUCAGCAACUAACUAUAACUCAUUAUUUUAACAAUUAAGUAAAAUCAGAAAGUGAUUAUUUACAAACAGU